AGAGGUGGUGAAAAGUUUAAAUUCAAAUUUGCGUCGAUGGCAAUUUCUUCAGCUUUCUCCACAGAGAUCAAAGAUGGAGAAACAAUAUAAACAAAUAAAUAGAGAUCUUGCUGAGCAAGUUCGGGAAAUGAAAUCAACCAUAGAGAUUUGCAAUAAGGAAUUGGCUUUGUUGCAUGUUAAGGAACUCCAAACCCGUACCAAAUAUAACAAAUUGCUCAACAAAUGUUGUGAUAUGGCUAAGUCACACUAUAUGGCUUUUCUGGAAAUGCUGGAUUCAGAAUCGCCCUUAUCGUCGCAUCCCAUCAAUUCAACUCGUAGGCAGGUAGAGGAAGAAACAGAAAAUGAAUCAAAUGAUUCGAACUAUUACACCAGGAAUGAAAAUGACGGUAAUUUCUCAACUUUUCAGGGUAUGACGAACAGAUGUUUUAACUAUCAGGCAUUAGAUGAUAUAACAGAAGAUGAAAUUGAAACUGAGGGGCUAUCGCAAAGCUCAAGAAUUGAAUCUGAUGGAGAUGAGGUUGACGAAGAUGAAUCUUCCUUAUUAGACAAUUGUGAAGCAGAGCUUUCCUUGCUAUCGUGCGAUGAAUCAUCUUCAAGUGAAAAUGGUGUUAAUCCACCAAUUGUCGUGCCUCUGGGUAAUAAAAGCGUAGUAAAGCGUUGUGGUGGCGGCCGAUUGGUAGAAUGGAGAAAUACAGAUAACAAUGACAUUCAACCCAGUUGUGUCUAUUCAAUGGAGAAUGCGGUACAAUCUUCUAACAUUCUAAGAUAUAUUACAAAUUCUCAUCGCUGCAUGCAUCAGGAAGGGACCUUAAAAUCCCAGACACUUAGCAACAUGACAUUAACCAGAUUCCAGGUCCAGAAUAGCAGUACUCCGGUUAGACUCGGCAACAAAAGUCCUGCAGGGACUGAUACAGGGAAUAUUACGAGACCAAAACGGUGCUGUGCACCGUCGUCUUUGGCAGAAAAAUCGCUGAAGACCAAACUUUUUAAUGAAACAAGUGAAAAAUCACUUAUACGAGUACAUCCUAAAAAGAGAACGUGAAUCCUGUGUCCAAUUCGAAUUUUUGUUUAAGAUUCAACAGCAAAAUACCUAUGAAACGCUUUCCAGGGACCUUAAAAUCCCAGAUUCUUAGCAACAUGACAAUAAGCAGAUUCCAGGUCCACAAUAGCAGUACUCCGGUUAGACUCGGCAACAGAAGUCCUGCAGCGACUGAUAUAGAUAUUACUUCAAGACCAAAACGGUGCUGUGCACUGUCGUUUAUAGCAGAAAAAUCAUUGAAGACUAAACUUUUUAAUGAAACGAGUGAAAAAUCACUUUUACGAAUACACCCUAAGAAGAGAACGUGAAUCCUGUGUCCGUCCAAUUUGAAUUUUUCUUUAAGGUAAUUUUAACAAACAUGUUUCCUUACUACUAUUUGAAUAUAUAUAUAUGUGAUAUGCUUUUUUUAAAUAAUUCUUUGUAAGUUUUUUUAGUUUUAAAUGUUUUUUUUUUAUAAAUGAGACGUAAUAUUAGUAACUUAAAGAUUGUAUGACACUAAAUAUGCUUAAAAUUAUAACAAAUAAAAUGAGAACAUUCCCAUCAAAAAAUCUAGGCCAACGGUGUUGCAUCAGUGGCCAAUGCCAUUGGGCAAAACUUA